AUGGUUACUUACAACCAAAACGGUACCAGCCGUGGGAUUGCCGCCAUUACUUUUGCUCGCCCGGAUACUGCGGCAAAAGCUGCCAAGGAGCUGAACGGUUUGCUGAUUGACAAACGCCCGAUCAAAAUUGAAGUUGUCGUAGACGCUUCGCGGGCUCCUCCAGCACCUCCUGUCAAAUCACUUGGCGAACGCGUCGCUCACCCGAAAUCACAGCCUAAACCUGUGUCGGCCGCGAAAUCCGGCAAACGUGAUUCGCGCGGGCGCACUCAACGUGGCCGUAAUGCGAAUCGCCCGAAACGAAAGACUGUAGCCGAACUGGAUGCUGAGAUGGUGGAUUACUUUGAGACGUCUACCACCACGAACAACGCUGCACCGACCAAUGGUACCGCGCAGCCUACCGGCAGUACUGAUGAUAUGGGCAUGGAUGAAAUCUCUCUCGGUUAA